UUAGUCUGCGUUAUCUUGUUAUCUUGUGUUAAAACCAGAAGAAUUCACCUAAUUAUUGGGAAAAAAUAUUUACGUUUGGUUUUUGAAAAUGGGUGACCAUGGUUCUUGGAGGACUCCAGCCUUUAGGCAAAGUGUUGUAUCAAAAAUCGAUGAAGCAAUUUGUCAGUCAGGUAUGAACACAUCGCGAAACAGUAUUGAAAUGGAAAAUCAUGUUUUCCAAAAAGCGAAGACAAAAGAGGAGUAUCUCGGCUACGUAGCUCGGCUUAUUCUACACGUUCGCGAAAUGAACACAAAAAAGGGUGCAGGAAUGGGUGUUCCAGGCCAAAAUCCAGAAGCCCCCGGCGUGCCUGACCCUAUAAAUGCAUUACAAACAUUGGCCAUUCAGGGUACAAGAAAUCCUUUGAUGACAAAAAACAACGGAGGAAACAACAAGCUAAAUAAAUAAUGUCUGAUAAAUGAUAACACUAAUAAUUAAUUUUUUGCAAUAUCAAGUGUUAUAAAUUAAAUAUGUACUAUCAA